AGCUGGGCUGGUGGGCGCAGCUGGGGGUCUCUUUCCUGCAGCUCCUUCUCAUCGCGUCCUGGCCCAGAGAGUACACGGUCAUUAAUGAAGCUUGCCCCGGAGCCGAGUGGAACAUCAUGUGCCGUGAGUGCUGUGAAUACGACCAGAUCGAGUGCGUCUGCCCCGGGAAGAAGGAGGUCGUGGGUUACACCAUCCCCUGCUGCCGGAACGAGGAGAACGAGUGUGACUCCUGCCUGAUUCACCCAGGUUGUACCAUCUUUGAAAACUGCAAGACUUGCCGCAACGGCUCCUGGGGGGGCACCCUCGAUGACUUCUACGUGAAGGGGAUCUACUGCGCCGAAUGCCGGGCAGGCUGGUACGGGGGAGACUGCAUGCGGUGUGGCCAGGUUCUUCAUGUCCCCCGGGGUCAGAUUUUGUUGGAGAGCUACCCUCUUAAUGCUCACUGUGAGUGGACCAUUCAUGCCAAGCCUGGGUUUAACAUCCAACUAAGGUUUGUCAUGUUGAGCCUGGAGUUUGACUACAUGUGUCAGUAUGACUACGUUGAGGUCCGUGACGGGGACAACAGUGACAGUCAGAUCAUCAAGCGUUUCUGUGGCAACGAACGGCCAGCUCCCAUUCAGAGCAUGGGCUCCUCGCUCCACGUCCUCUUCCAUUCCGAUGGCUCGAAGAACUUCGAUGGCUUCCACGCCAUUUUUGAGCAGAUCACAGCCUGUUCUUCGUCUCCUUGUUUCCACGACGGCACGUGCCUCCUUGACAAAGCCGGAUCCUACAAGUGUGCGUGCCUGGCAGGCUACACGGGGCGGUACUGUGAAAGCCUUCUUGAAGAGAAAAACUGCUCAGACCCUGGGGGCCCGGUCAAUGGGUACAAGAAGAUAACGGGUGGCCCUGGGCUUCUCGAUGGGCGCUCUGCAAAAAUUGGCACCGUUGUGUCCUUCUUUUGUAACGGCUCCUAUGUCCUCAGCGGCAAUGACAAGAGAACUUGCGGGGAGAACGGGGUGUGGUCAGGAAAACAGCCCAUCUGCAUAAAAGCCUGCCGAGAACCAAAGAUCUCCGACCUGGUGAGACGGCGAGUCCUCCCCAUGCAGGUUCAAUCAAGGGAGACCCCGCUCCACCAGCUGUACUCGGCAGCACUCAGCAAGCAGAAGCUGCAGGGCGCCCCCACCAAGAAGCCAGUUCUCCCCUUUGGAGACCUGCCUGCUGGGUACCAACAUCUGCACAGCCAGCUCCAGUACGAGUGCAUCUCGCCCUUCUACCGCCGCCUGGGCAGCAGCCGGAGGACUUGUCUGAAGACUGGGAGGUGGAGCGGGCGGGCGCCAGCAUGUAUCCCCAUCUGUGGGAAAACGGAGAACCAAACUACUCCAAAGACCCAGGGCCUGCGCUGGCCGUGGCAGGCAGCCAUCUACAGGAGGACCAGCGGGCCGCAAGGAGGCAGCCUGCACAAGGGCGCGUGGUUCCUGGUGUGCAGUGGUGCCCUGGUGAACGAGCGCACUGUGGUGGUGGCCGCCCACUGCGUCACCGACCUGGGGAAGGUGACUGUGAUCAAGACAGCAGACCUCAAAGUCGUCUUGGGGAAGUUCUACAGGGAUGAGGACCGGGAUGAGAAAACCCUCCAGAGCUUACGGAUUUCUGCCAUAAUUUUACAUCCCAACUAUGAUCCCAUCCUGCUCGACUCGGACCUGGCUAUCCUGAAGCUCCUGGACAAGGCUCGCAUCAGCACCCGAGUGCAGCCCAUCUGCCUGGCGGCCUCACGUGACCUCACCACCUCCUUCCAGGAGUCUCGAAUCACCGUGGCUGGCUGGAAUGUCCUGGCCGAUGUGAGGACCCCCGGCUUCAAGAACGACACGUUGCGAUCGGGGCUGGUCAGCGUGGUGGACUCGCUGCUGUGUGAGGAGCAGCAUGAAGACCGCGGCAUCCCCGUGAGUGUCACGGAUAACAUGUUCUGUGCCCGUCAGGACCCCACCGCCCCUUCUAACAUCUGCCCAGCCGAGACGGGGGGCAUCGCAGCAGUGUCCUUCCCAGGAAGGGCAUCGCCUGAGCCUCGCUGGCACUUGGUGGGGCUGGUCAGCUGGAGCUAUGACAAAACCUGCAGCCACAGCCUCUCCACGGCCUUCACCAAGGUGCUGCCCUUUAAAGACUGGAUUGAGAGAAACCUGAAAUGAACUCCAGGCCCCAGGGAGCAGCUUUCCCAAGCGUCCACGUGUGACCCUUCAUGACAAAAGCCAUGUGGACAAGAAGUAUGAUUUUGCCCAUAAAUCUGGCUGUGCCACACCUUCUGAUUUCAGGGACAGAAGUCCAUGAAGGCUGCAUGGAGAUUGACUGCUGGUAGGACACAGUGUCCCUGACUGCUUGAGCUAGGCAUCCUCAAAGGACAUUUAUCCAGCCCGCCGGGUGUUUUUGCCCCGUUUUGUUUUUUACUUCAAAAUAAGA